AAAUGGACGGGAAUGGGCGAAUUCAGUUUGGAUGACCAUCACAUCUACUACUGUGGGAAAGAAUCCCGUAAAAGAAAUGGAGUGACCCUCAUAGUCAACAAAAGAGUGGCAAAAGCUGUACUGGGAUGCAAUCUCAAAAAUGAUAGAAUGAUCUCGAUACGGAUCCAAGGCAGACCUUUUAACAUCACAGUAAUCCAAGUUUAUGCACCAACCACUGGUGCUGAAGAAACUGAAAUUGACCAAUUCUAUGAAGACUUACAACACCUUAUAGAAAUGACACCAAAGAAGGAUGUUCUUCUCAUUAUAGGGGAUUGGAAUGCUAAAGUAGGGAGUCAAGAGAUAAAAGGAACAACUGGCAAGUUUGGCCUUGGAGUUCAAAACAAAGCAGGGCAAAGGCUAAUAGAGUUCUGCCAAGAGAACAAGCUGGUCAUCACAAACACUCUUUUCCAACAAAACAAGAGACGACUCUACACAUGGACAUCACCAGAUGGGCAGCAUCGAAAUCAGAUUGAUAAUAUUCUCUGCAGCCAAAGAUGGAGAAGCUCUAUACAGUCAGCAAAAACAAGACUUGGAGCUGACUGUGGCUCAGAUCAUCAGCUUCUUAUAGCAAAAUUGAAGCUUAAAUUGAAAAAAGUAGGAAAAACCACUGGCGAAUAUGCAUGCACACCCCAAAUACACGAAACGAAGUGA